AUGGAUUUGAAGGGCAAGCGGCUCGCAUACAUUCAAGGCUCGACGACCCACUACAUGUUGGAGGGUUUUUUAGAGCAGACGGCGCUCUCUGUUUCUGACCUGGAAUGGGUGGGGCACAUGACUGCCGCCGACCAGAAAGCUGCCUGGGACAAGGGCACGAUCGACGCUGGAUACAUGUGGGGACCCAACAUGCGGCACCUGCAAAACAAUGCUUGGUGCUCGACGCCAGAUGCCGGGACCGCCUGUGCAGCAGAGGGCGUAAACCAAACGGGCUACGACCUUUUCACCGCGGGCAUGUCGAAGCGCUGGGGGAAGGAGACUUGGAACAACCUGGUGGUAAGUGAUGCGUUUGCGGCGGAAUAUGCUAACACAGUUUACCGUUCAGUGAAGGUGGUCUCUCUAGCGGAUACGAAGCUUGUUGAAGACAAGGGCUGGUUCUCAAACGACAACACCAAAGUUUGUGGUAUCUCAUUUGCUACCGAGGCGUUUGACUGCGACUCCAGUGAUCGCCAGACGGUUCGCGACGCGCUCUACUACGAUGUCUGGCUGGACUACGAGACGCAGCAGAGCAACGCUUAUAUGGGGGAGAAGGUAGAAGGUGCCUGUGCCAAGGAAGCUAUCGGCACCCACCCCAACAACGACGGCGCCUGCACUCGAGACACCAUGGCUGGGUCGGCUUGGUCCACGUGGGCUACUGCAGAAUUUGGCUACAAGCUGAAAGACCUUCCGUAUUUACCAUCCUACGCGUAUUACCAGUCCACCUUAGACUCGAGAUACAUUGGCGUAGUCGGAACACCCGACGACAGGUUCCCGAAUCUCACAGUGGACGACCUGGCAGGCUUGAGCUACUACAGUCUGGAGAGUCCCAACUCCUCCAACCACUGCGGCAGUCUUGUCCAGCCGAUCCAGCUCAGCAGUCCGGGGGUGUUCAGAGACCACGACGGAGGCGGCUUCUACGAGGAGAACGCCACGUGCUAUCCAGGGGAUCGACCAAGCCGUCGCCGUGCUCCUUUCGGAUAUCGACGUGCGCAUUGA